AUGACGAGCGUCGAUGAGCUAUUCAGGUCUGCCUCCGGGAGCUCCAAGCGCAAGUUUGAACCCGUCCAAGACCCUAAUGAGCUCUACAAGGCAGCAAAGACCGAUCCCAAUGGCGAUGUGAAAGGAAAAGGAAAGGAACCUAUGGUGGAAGACGAUAUGGAGGACGAUGAAGAGGCCGGCCCCGAGCUACCUCCAGAUUUCGAAGAUGACAUACCAGACGAUGAAGAAGGCCGGUUCUUCGGUGGAGGCAUGGAACAAAAGACAGCGCAGGCAAUGCAAUACAUCGACCAACAAGAAGAAGAUGAAGCUGCGCCCGAGAAAUUCGAUACGGCAUGGGUGCGCCGAUUUGCGCUGAACUUUGAGAAGAAGAUCUCCAAGAACGCCGAGCUACGAGCCAAGUUUGAAAAUGAUCCUCAAAAAUUCAUGGCCUCCGAGGCCGACCUCGAUGCCGAGAUUAAGGGACUGUCGAUUUUGUCUGAACAUUCAGAGCUUUACGAGGAAUUCGCCAAGAUGGGCUGUGUCGGAUCCUUGGUUUCCCUCCUUGCGCACGAAAAUGCAGAUAUCGCGAUUGAUGUUGUCCAAAUCAUCAGCGAACUUACAGAUGAGGACGUGGAGGCUCAACAGGAGCAAUGGGAUGCCCUAGUCAAUGCGAUGAUGGAUGCCGAUCUUAUCGAGCUGUUGACCUCAAAUCUCUCUCGACUAGAUGAGAAAGUUGACACCGACCGAGCAGGUGUUUACUACAUUCUCGGUGUCAUGGAGAACUUAGCUUCUCAAACCGCCCUCGCGGAGAAAAUCGGACAAGACGCCUCCAUUCUCCCAUGGAUCUUAUCCCGCAUCCAACAGAAGGAAUCCCCCGUUACCCAAAACAAACAAUACUCUGCAGAAAUCCUGGCGAUUCUCCUGCAGUCAUCCCCAAAAAACAGAGAACGGUUCAUCGGUCUUGAUGGCAUCGACCUCAUCCUCCAACUUCUCAGCCAGUACCGCAAACGCGACCCAGAGAAGGAUUCAGAUGAGGAAGAAUACGUGGAGAAUCUCUUUGAUUGCCUGAUCUGCCUUGUGGACGAGGACUCAGGAAAGGACAAGUUCAUCGAAGCCGAAGGUAUUGAGUUAGCACAGAUCAUGCUGAAAGAAGGCAAAUUCAGCAAGCCGCGUGCUCUACGGGUCCUCGACCACGCAUUCGGCGGAAUCAGCGGCGGGCCUGCUUGUGAGCGCCUCAUUGAAGCCGCUGGUCUCCGAACGGUAUUCGGCAUGUUUAUGAAGAAGCAAGAAGGACAAAAUAUCGAACAUCUUCUCGGUAUAUUUGCCUCGCUGCUCCGGCUUUUACCCGGUGGGUCGGCACCGCGUAUUCGCACACUGGCCAAGUUCAUGGAGAAGGAGUACGAGAAGAUUGGGAAACUAGUCAAGUUGCGUCGGGAGUACGCUGCCCGCGUCUCGCCGGUUGAACAAGCUAUUGAGAAGGAACGGAAGGGGUAUUCGAAGGAGGAUCAAGAAUAUAUGGCGGGCGAGUGGCUCUCACGUCGACUCGACGCCGGACUCUUCUCGUUGCAGACCAUCGAUGUCAUUUUGGCUUGGCUGAUUGCUGAGGAUGACGGCGCUAAGAAGAAGGUUCUUGCGCUGCUAGCAGACCGGGACGAAGAUUUAUCUUUGGUUCGUGGUACUUUGCAAGAACAACUCGAGGGACUUGACGAGGAGGAGCCUAGUCAGAAGGAUUUGAAAGAUAUGCUGAGCACUCUGCUGCAGUUUGUUUGA